AUGUUCCGAAGAUUCUUUGGAGAUUGCGGCAAUAACGAAGGUUCCGACGGUGAAGGUAACCAUUAUGCAGAAGAGAAUAACCCCCAGACCUCGGCUGGCAAGCGCGCCUCGGAUCGUCAGCGUAAGACCUCGGCGGGCAAGCGCGCCUCGGAUCGUCAGCGUAAGACCUCGGCGGGCAAGCGCGCCUCGGACCGUCAGCGUAAGCCCUCGGGUGGCAAGCGCGGCUCGGACCGUCAGCGGAAAGUAUCGUACCCUAACGGAGAAGACAUUCGCCAACGUAAGACUUCGAACGUUGAACGAGAAGAGGAGCUGCCUCAGCGUGAAGCGUCGGCUACGAAAGUGACCCGUUGGUGGCAGCGUAAAACCCCUUCCAUAGAGCUGAACGUCAAACCUAAACUUUCAGUUGCUAAGCAGGAGGAAGAAUCGUGGCGUGAUACACCUGCGGCUGAGCCGAUGGAGGAGCUGCAGCGUGAGACGUCGGAUGUUGAGCCAGUAGCCGAAGAGGAGCAGCGUCAGUGCGAAUCAUCAAACGUGAAACAAGAUGCUGAGCCUCAGCGUAAUGUAUCUGAAGCUAAGCAAGAGGAGCGACGUCAGCGUAGAUCAUCGAACGUGGAACGACAUGCUGAGCCUCAGCGUAAAGUAUCUGAAGCUAAGCAAGAGGUGCAGCGUCAGCGCAAAACGUCGAACGAAGAGCGUCAACGCAAAGCUUCGGUUAUUAAGUUGUCAGCAGAGGUGGCUGUCAUUUUGAAAAUAGUUCGUCGCAAGUGA